AUGGGCAAUCACACGUCAGUCACCACCUUCCUUCUGUGGGGGUUUUCCAGUUUCCCAGACCUGCAAGUCCUCCUGUUUGUGGUGAUUUUAUUCUCCCAUGUGAUCAUCCUAGUUGCAAAUGUGUCCAUCAUGGUGGCCAUCAAGCUCAGCCACAACCUUCACACCCCCAUGUACUUCUUCCUCUGUGGCCUGUCCUUUUCAGAGACGUGCACCACCAUGGUAAUCAUCCCCCGCGAGCUGGCAGACCUGCUGUCAGACAGCAAGACCAUUUCUCUUCCUGAGUGCGCCACCCAGAUGUUUUUCUUCUUUGGCUUGGCCAGCAACAACUGCUUCACCAUGGCGGCCAUGUCUUAUGACCGCUACACUGCUAUUCAGAACCCGCUGCACUACACCACCCGAAUGACACCCAAGAUCUGCUGCCAGCUCAUGGUGGCCUCUUGGAUGGUUGGGUUCCUGGUUUCUAUGUGGGUCGUCAUCACUGUAUUUAGUUUGUCUUUCUGUGGCUCCAAUGUCAUUCAACACUUCUUCUGUGAUAUCGCUCCUGUGGUCUCCCUUGCUUGUGAUUACACUUCCUAUCAUGAAAUGACUAUUUUUGUCCUCUCUGCCUUUGUGUUGGUUGGUAGCUUUGUUUUAAUUAUAAUCUCCUAUGUGUUCAUUGGGUUUGUUGUUAUGAAGAUGUCUUCUGCACAGGGGAGGUAUAGAGCCUUCUCCACUUGCUCCUCCCACCUCACUGUAGUGUCCAUACACUAUGGAUUUGCUGGCUUUGUGUAUUUGAGGCAUAAGGACAGUAGCUCAUUCCGUGAAGACAUGCUGAUGGCUGUGACAUAUACAGUAGUGACACCUUUGCUUAACCCCAUUGUGUACAGUCUUAGGAACAAAGAAAUGCAGACUGCCCUGAGGAAGGUUCUGGAAAAAGCAAAUACUUUUUUCACUCAGACAAUUAAUAAAAGAAACUGA